CAAAAUCGGCGAUCAUGGCGGUAUCUGCUCCUCAGAAACGUUUUUACCGGCAGCGUGCUCACUCCAAUCCUAUGGCGGAUCAUGUCUUCGAUUACCCUGUAAAGCCUGAAGAGAUGGACUGGUCCCAGCACUACCCUGAAUAUUUCAAACCACGCUCAGAAAAUUACCAUCACGAUGAUGAGAAAGAUCUCAUUGAUGAAAAGAAAUUGAAGUUCCAGGUGGAGUUUGCAGAUAUAGGCUGUGGAUAUGGAGGUUUACUAGUUGAGUUAUCUGACCUAUUUCCCAAUUCAUUGAUUCUGGGUCUCGAAAUCCGAGUGAAGGUAUCUGACUAUGUCAUUGAUCGCAUCAAAUCGCUAAGAGCUUCCAAUCCUGGAAAGUACCAGAACAUCGCGUGCAUUAGAAGCAAUGCCAUGAAGUAUUUACCAAACUUCUUCAAAAAAGGGCAGCUAAGUAAGAUGUUUUUCCUCUUUCCGGAUCCACAUUUUAAAAAGACAAAACACAAAUGGAGAAUAAUUAGCUCUACGUUGCUGGCUGAAUAUGCUUAUGUACUGCGUGUCGGGGGUUUGGUCUACACAAUUACUGAUGUGCAGGAAGUACAUGAGUGGAUGGUCAAACACUUCACGGAACACCCAUUGUUUGAAUACGUUCAACUAGAGAAACUGAAAGAUGACAUCAUCAUUGAUCGCCUUGGUGUCUGCACAGAAGAAGGUAAAAAAGUAUUAAGGAAUGGAGGACAGAAUUUUACUGCAGUAUUUCAACGAGUUGAGGAUAAAAACCAGAAGCUGAAAAUUGAAGAGCAAAAGUCCUGAGAGGAACUCUCAUUUGAUUUCACAGAGGUAAAUGACAAAGUGGUAAGCUCACGUCAUUUGGAACACACAAGACCCACUCUGGUGGCUACAACUGGAGAAACUGCAUUGAAGGUGGGGUGGCCCACCUAAAUGAACUGAAAAUAACCUUAAUGGCAGUCUUCAAAUACAAGUGUCGACAACUGUACAUUCUUGCAUGAAUGUUACAUAUCAACAAUAUAAGUGAAGGGUUUGAAAGUUGGUUACCUAGAGGCAAUUUACAGACGUUUAGUUUUAUGGUUGUAAAAUAUUUAUCAAUACUAUAUUCCUUAUUUCAUGCUCUAAAAAUCAAUGUAAAAGAUUCUACUGAAAUAUGUACAUCAGAAGUCUUCACUGUGACUGAUUUGUUUGUUUAGUCUUGCUGCAGUUGAGAAUUAUAUCACCUUUAAUUUGCAUGCUUGAACUUAAAGCUUCUUUAAACAGCUGCCUAUACUACAGCAGUAAUGACAUUUCCCAAAACCCAGUUAAUUAUUUUCUGGUUUCCUGAGGCUGUGAAAGGCAGUAUACAAAUACAAUUCUGUCUGCCUGUCUUUACAUCAGAGGAUUUAUCAAGCAGGCUCAAUGCCAUAUUAAUAAUAACUACUUUUGCUUCCUUUAGUACCUUGAGUGUCAUCUUAUCUCCAUUGAUAGCACUCCCCUCUGAGUCACAGGAUUGUGAUUUGAAUCUGACUCAUAAUAUAAAGACUGCUGCACUGUUGGAAGUCUCUUCACCGAUGAAAUAAUUAUCUUCUAUCUUUGAAAUUAAUUAUCAUCCAUUCAGAAAAUUCUCCCAGUGUACUGGUCAGCAUUCAUCUCGCAACAAUGUUCUCAAAAGGGUCUUAUUGUGAAUAAUUUCACUCUUGCAAAUCAUUACCGUACAAAAGUAACUACGUUUCAAAGUUAACCAUUACAUAACACCAGGUUAUAGUCCUACAGGUUUAUUUUGAAGUAUUAGCUUUCGGAGCACUGCUCCUUUGUCAGAUAGCUAGCUAGGUGAAGGAGCAGCACUUCAAAAGCUUGUACUUCCAAAUAAACCUGUUGGACUAUAACCUGGUGUUGUGUGAUUUUUAACUUUGUCCACCCCAGUCCAACACUAGCACCUCCACCAUCAUACAUUUAAAAGAUAUUUAUUUAAAUGUGUACCACUGUAGGACAUCCCGCAGAUAUAGAAAAUAAAUUCAAGCUGUUUCAUUUGGUUAUUUUCUUUUUCUAAUAUUUAUUUUCAGCUAUGGAAAAAACUAAAAUUUGGCUAGUUGACUGUGGCCACUGAGUUAAAAUUAUCUUGAUCUUAAUCCAUAUUGUAAUGAAAACAGACUAUUUUGAUCUUUUGCUUUUGAAGAGUAGAUGUUCAUUAUUCUGAUUCAACUUUAUCAUUAAGAUAUUUUAGUAUGAAACGGUGGACUGCUGGAACUGACACCUGCAACACAACAUUAUAAAACACACACUUCAAUUUCAUAAAUUCUGCCAAAUUUUGAUUUUGUCUCCAAUCUUGUUCCCAAUAAAUAACCCUUAUUUUAAAAAAAAGAAAUUGAACAAAAUUCCCCUUUGUAUGGAUUUGCCAUUAAUUGAAACUUUAUAAUAGUGCUGGGGUUUCAAUAGUCAACAUGUUAGUAGGCAUUAAUAUCAGACUGGUUCAUUACUGCUGUCACAACAGGUGCCAGGUUCACUGGCAUCAUUACCAAUAUGAUCAUGAAAGUAUACAAUCUUGUUUCUAAUUGACUUUAAUGGAUUGGAUUGAACAGUGUCAUGUAUUUUGACACAUGUUACAGGGCAAAUGUGCAUUUCUUAGACACAGAAUUUUUGACUUUGCAAUAAAGUUGCUGUGCUUUCAGGUGAUGAGGUCAGUAGUUACAGCACACAGCUUGUAAAAGAAGGGCAAUAAUUAACUGAAAGGGUCACUGAGUUAGAGUUGUAAGGGCCAAAUAUGUAUUUUUAAAAACUUAUAUGUUGGAAUUAAGUCAAUCGAAUAUAUUUUUUCUGGGUAGGCUAAGUUCUGCAGGCUACUUGUAUGCCUUUUUACAUUUUUAAACAGUAUUCACAAUUUGUGUCUCUGAAAUCUACCAUGGUUUUGCAGAAACUCUGGCUUCAUUUUUUGUUCAUUCUUAUCUACACACUCUUGAGUAGGGAUCCUAUUGUCACUUUGUAUUUUAUAAAUAUGUCCUCAUUUCAUCAAUUCAGGAUUUUAAAAACUGCAAGUUUAUGUUCCAUGUGUAUUCUAUAAAUUUUGAAAUUAGUGACCAUUCAGAAAAUACAGCCACUUUUGAUGGAAUGAAGUAAUGCUUUUUGUGUGAGAUCACUGAAAACAAUGCUUGUGUUUACUGGCAUUUGAGCAGCUGUUUUUAACAGCACUUGAACUGGAGUAGCUUUUUCUAUAAUAUUUUAAAUGUGUUUAAAAUUGAUUAAAAUUUGCAAUCUGCUCAAACCCUUUCUUUCCCAUAAACCACAAAUAAGUGGAUAGAGCCUUUUUAUAAUAAGGAUUGGCUCUUUCGGAAUCUCUGUGGAGAUUUCACAAUUCACGAUCCUAAAAUGCUGUGUCCUUCUUUAGUCGGAAACUAGCCAGCAUAUUUCAAUUUGCAAAGCUGUUGGAUCAAGCAGCAAUUUAAGGUGCUUCAUAAGCAUUAUUGGCCAAUUAUUUGAAAUGAGCCACAUAGAGAUAGUAGGACAGAAAGUGGUUUGGUCUAACAAGCAGAGGGGGGCUUGGGGAGCAAAUUUCAGAACUUGGGACCCAGUGGUGAAGGGAUAUGUGAAGGGCCAAACCAAGAGGAGCACAGAAGUUUGGAGAAGGAUAAGAGAUAGUGGGCUAGGUUCAUGGAGCAAUGGCUGCCACUGGUGGACUGAUGGAAAUCCAGGGAUAGACAAAACAACAGAUUGGAGGAGCAUAGAGUUCUCAGUAGAUCUUAGGGCAGGAGUUCAGAACACCUGCAAAUAUUUCUGUUGUUCAGUGGGAAGAGGAUUUAAAAUCAUAGAGUCAUAUAGCACAGAAAUAGCCCCUUCACCCCAACUUAUCUGACAUGACCAGACAUCCCGAUCUGACCUAGUCCCAUUUACCAGCAUUUGGUCCAUAUCCCUAUCAACCCUUCCUAUUCAUACACCCAUUCAGCUGUCUUUUUAAAUGUUGUAAUUGUAUCUAUCUCCAUCACUUCCUCUGACAGCUCAUUCUGUACUUGCACCACCUUCUGCAUGAAAAAAAUUAUGACUCCAGUCCUUUAUCAAUCUUUUCCCCCCACCUCACCUUUAAACCUAUGCCCUCUACGUUUGGACUCUCCUUUCCUGGGAAAAAGACCUUGGCUAUUUAUCCCAUCCAUGCCCCUCAUGAUUUUAUAAAUCUCUUUCGGAUUGCCCCUCAGUCUUCUACACUCCAGUGGAAAAAAAGUCCCAGCCUAUUCAGCCUCUCAAAGCAUGCUCGAGGAGCCAAAUGGCCUACUCCUACUACUAGUUCUUAUGUUCUCUCCCUAUAACUCAGACCCUCCAAUCCCAGCAACAUUCUUGUAAAUGUUUUCUGCACCCUCUCCAGUUUAACAACAUUCUUGCUAUUAGAAGGGCCACCAGAAUUGCCCGCAGUAUUCCAAAUGUAGCCUCACCAGUGUCCUGUACAACUGCCACAUGAUGUUUCAACUCCUAUAUACCAUGCUCUGACCAAUCAAGGCAAGCAUGUCAAAUGCCACCUUCACCACACUGUCUACCUAUGACUCCACUUUCAAGGAACUAUGCACCUGCACUGCUACAUUCCUAGAACUCUUUUUGUUUGGCAACACUCCCCAAGACCCUACCAUUAACCAGAACAUUUGGUGAGGCCACCUUUGGAAUAUUAUGUGCAAUUCUGGUUUCCCUCCUUUUGGAAGGAUGUUGUGAAACUUGACAGGGUUCAGAAAAGAUUUACAAGAAUGUUGCCAGGGUUGGAGGGUUUGAGCUACAGGGAGAGGCUGAACAGGCUGGGGCUGUUUUCCCUGGAGUGUUGGAGGCUAUGGGGUGACCUCAUAGAGGUUUACAAAAUUAUGAGGGGCUUGGAUAGGGUAAAUAGACAAGGCCUUUCCCUGGAGUGGGGAAGUCCUGAACUAGAGGGCAUAGGUGUAGGACGAGAGGGGAAAGAUAUAAAAGGGACCUAAAGGGGCAACAUUUUCAUGUCGAGGGUGGUGCACCUAUAGAAUGUGCUGCCAGAGGAAGUGGUGGAGGCUGGUACAAUUUACAGCAUUUAAAAGUCAUCCGGAUGGGUAUAUGAAUAGGAAGAGUUUAGAGGGAUAUGGGCCAAGUGCUGGCAAAUGGGACUAGAUUGGGUUAGGAUAUAUGGUCGACGUGGAUGAGUUGGACUGAAGGGUCUGUUUCCAUGCUGUACAUCUCUAUGACUCUAUUAACUUUAGCACAUUCAGUGAUUUGAUCUGUUUGGUCACCAAGAUUACAGUGCACGAUUGACAUCUAUUGAUUUUGCUGAGUUAUGUUUAUAUAUUAAACAAGUGAUGGAAAGAUUUGCCCUGGCUCUUUGCCAAGGUCGGAACAAUUAAAUGUGUUGAGAUACGGAAAAAGUACUAAGUAAUAAAACUACUCCUAGUUUAUUGAUCUUGAUCUUUUGCUCAUUUCUAAUGGCUGAAUGACUAAUGUAUCUUUGUACAGAUUUACAGUCAAUGGCCUUUUUAAUACACCCUGCAAAAGAAUUUGUUACUAAACACAUGGUUUCUUUUGACUAAUGUAUGUAUUUAGGACAGAACCUCAUGGUUUUUGUGUCAAAACUCCUUCUAAUGACAUGUCAUUAUCAUUACUGAGCUGCCUGUUCUGUCUAGCAAUAGUUAUUUUAAAAGUUUAAAGGGUAGCAGUUUUAAAUACAAAAAUCUGGUUAAACCUGUGCAUAACAAAGUUUUAUCAAUAUUCUGAACAGUGAAAUAAACACUGUAAUAUGACUAUUACAUUAUAUAA